AUGUAUAACAGUUUUCCUUUAAAUCUUAUCCUCAUUUUCACUGAAUUCUCACAGAAAGGAGAUAAAAAUCGUAAAGAAUGGAGAGAGAUAAGUAAAGAAGAUCUUCUGAUCAAAGACAGCAAUGAUAGAAAGAAAAAAUUAGCAGAAGAAAGGAAGAAUGAAUACAAGCAGCUUCUAGAGAGUAAACCAAAUAAGAAUCGAGAAUGGAAUAAUUCAGAAGGACAAAAACCAUUACUAUCUGAUAGGGAGGACAAGAAGAAAGCAUUACAAAAACAACGUCAGCAAGAGUAUAAUGAUCUUAAAAAGAAUAACCAGAAUACCAGGAAUAAUGAUCAGCCAAGACCUGGAACUCCAGGAGGAUUCCUUAAUAAACUUGGUUCUCAUGAAAAACAGAGACAGAAACUAAAAGAUGAACGACAUGAAGAGUAUAAGAGAUUACAAGCUGAGAAAAUGUGGUUGAAUCAUGAUUUUGCAGAUCCUAGAAUGCUGCAUGCUAAAGACUGCGAAAUUUAUGCCACAUUGCCUGGCAUGAACUAUUAUGGUAGUGCAACGAGGCGCGAGAAAGCAGUUCAGCGAAACAAAGAAUAUAACAAAAUUAAACCUUUUAUUGAUUCACCUAGGUCUCUUAGAGGUGAGAAUGAACCUCCAGGCGCACCUAGAAAAGGCUGGGGAACUCCGACUUAUGAAGAAAUGUUGGAGAAAAAACGAAAUGAAGAGCAGAAAUAUAGGAGACUUAAUGAUCCAGACUAUACUCGUCCUGGAAUGAAAUCGUACAACAGUGAAUCAGCUCUCCACAGAUUAGAGGAUGAAAAAAGAUUAAAAGAUAUUCUACAGACUGAGACAAAGAAAUCAAACAUAUUAUCAAAUGGAAUACUGGAUGAUCCAGACUGGUUAAGACAAAAUCGUCCAGACCCUGAUCGUGCCUAUUCACAAUUGAAUGAGCUACCACCAAGAGGAAGAGGGGUCUAUACCCCUGCUGUUCAUGAAUAUCCACCUCGAGGUAUAAGAGAUGCCCCAACCUAUCUACCAGAGAGUAACAAACACAGAUUUUAUGCUACGUUACCAGUUGGUCAAGAAGAUAGAGAUGAGCUGCAGAAGAGGAAGGAAGAAUAUAAACAUGAGUUGAUGAGACAGAUGAAAGAAGCUGAAGAGGCCAGAAAAAAGAAUAAACAAGAGUUUAUAGAACCAUCACCAGAGAAACAACAGCAGCCAACACCACCCCAGAAAGUUAUAAUCAUCCCAAAUAAACAGUUACCUGAUGUUGUUCCCCCACAACAACAAAUACAGCAACAACAACAGCAACAAUAUCAGCUGACAUCUGGUAUAGACAGACUAAGUCCAAGAUCUGAAAUGUUGUUGGGAAGAACGCGAGAUUUAGAACGUUUGGAAAGAAGGUUGAAGAAAAUUGAACAACAGAAUGCUGCCAUCAAUCCUUUAGAUAUUGCAGAGUUAGAUUUUAUUUCGAAACGUGACCCAAGAACACAAAUGUUCCCUUCAGGCCCAGCUGAUCACAUGGGUACUGGUAUACUAGAGCAAGGAUUUGACAGAUUGCUGGAGCCACCUAAAGUAGGAUCUGUAAAAGUUCCUGUUGGUUUAGAAUAUACCCCUUCAACAUAUGUAACUGGAGGAGAUCAUUUUGAUAAGUUUAGUUCAGUAGAUAAAGCUUAUCAUUAUUAUGGUUCCCAUAACCCAUUAGAUACUGGUCUACCAGCUGCUCCAACACAGAUAGCUGCUACAAAUUAUGGAAGUGUACCCACAGGUAACCAGAUUGUUAUGGAUAAUUACAGAGCAGCCCCUGGGGGAGGGGGGCUAGGAGGAGGAGGAUAUUCAUCACCAGUAUUAGGAGGACCAAGUGCUGCAGCGAUACAAGAGAGUAUAAACCAAGGAAGUGAUGCAGAACGAAAGGCUAAACAACGAGCUCAAGCUCAACAAUAUCAACGUGAACUGGAACGUCAGAUGGAAGAGAAGAAGUUAAAACAGGCUAUAGCUAAAGAAGAGAAAGAAAGAUAUGAGCAGAAAUUAGAAGAUGAUAUAAGGAAUUAUAAUCCAUUUGGAAGAGGUGGGGCUGGAGCUCCUAUGAAAGAUGAAUACGGCAAUGUUGUUGCUGAUCUGAGAGCUAAGAAUAAAGGUUACAGUCCACGAUAUGAACCAAUGUCUUCACCAACUAGAGGUGGUCCUCGACCUGCUUCACCUAAAGAUGAUUUGAUAAAAACACCCCCAGCACAAACCACAGCAGAAGGAGAGUCGACGUAUGCUAGAGGAGGUCAUGGAAUAUUCGGACAUCCUAAGACUGAAGCAGAAAAGAGCCAGGCUGACAGAUACAAAGAGGAAUUAAAAAGACAGAUUGACAAUAAAAAACGAGAAGCUGAACUAGAGAAAGAAAGGGAACGAAGAGAAGAAGAACGACAACAGAAAAUAAUUGAUGAUCAGCGGAGAAAGAUGCAAGAAGAAUAUGAUGAGGAGAAACGACGUAUCCAGGCCAAACAGGAUGAGCAAGAUCGUAAGAAUGCUGAGAUAAUAAAACUACAGGAAGAUCAGAAAGUAAAGGAAUCAGAAUUACGGGGUGAAAAGAAGAAGAGAGAAGAAGGAAGAUUAGAAUAUGAGAGACAAAGACAGGAGCGUGAAGAGAAAGAAAGAGGGAAAUCCCCUCCUAUUCAUGCCCUUAGAAAACCUAAAACUGAGAAUAAUGAUUCUGAAAAUAAAGAAAAUGAUGUUGAAAAUAAAACAACAGAUAAUAAACAGGAAGAUGAUAGAAAAACGUAUGACUACAGAACCUACUCCCCAUUAAUUCCUACUUUACGCCAUAGAAAUCUUGAUGUGUAUACUGAUAACGUGCCUCCUGCUAGAAAUAACAGUGCUGAUGUAUUGAAUCAGUUGGCUCAUAUGAGACGUCAGUUACAGAGUGAGAGGAAACGUGUAGAAAAUAUGUUAGAAGAGACCAGGAAUGAACCAGAUGUUUUUGAUCCACGAUUGGUUCAGCAAACAUCACAGCAACAAAUCCCAGUUCAAGUUCAAUCACGAAAUGAUAUUUUUGAAACUGCAUUAAACCGAAAUGCUGUACAGGUGAGAAGAGGUGGAACAGCUGAUAUGAAAAUAUUACAAGAAUUUGAUGAUUUAAAAUAUAAAGAGGACACAGAUUCACGUAAACAAUUCCGUAAACUAUAUCCAGUUGACCCUCGCACUCAAGAUGACCUAGAAUCCCAGCAGGCAGCAUUAUUACGUCAACAGGAAGAGCGAUUAAGAAGAUAUACAGAUUCUCCAAUUGAUUUGCCUGGAACAUCCGCCAGUCCACAGUCAAUGCUACACUCUAAUAGUGCCUUUAUAGAUGUAGAAGGAAUGGAUAGAAGUCUGUUUCCAGAUGAUUUUGAUGAUUUUCCCAAACGUAAUGAAUCUGCUCGAGAUAGAAGAAGACAGAGGGAAGCAAAUAGAUAUCCCUCAAAAAGUCCUAGGGAUAUUAGUACAGAUUUACCUUCAAACUAUAAUCCCAUGGGAUCCGUGGUCAGUCUGGAUGUUGACAGAAUUCAACGUAAAAAUGAUAAUAGAUUGAAACGACUCAAGGAAAUUCAAGGUGAUGAUGUCUCACUAUACGACCCUGACGAUGUUAUAAAUAGAUUUAUGGAGAAACAGUCUCACAACAGACCCCCGAGUAACAACACACUCCAUGAUGAUUCCUGGUUGUUACCUGGCAACAAAAACAAACGUUACUGA